CAUGAAGUGUGUCCUUUAGCUUGACUGGGGUUUUUCUUCGGUGUCUGCGGCUCUCUGAGGACUCUGAGGACUUUACUUGAGCUAACGGACACCGAGCCGCGGAUCUUUGUCUUUAACUCUCCGCACUGGACGCUCCGACUUAAGCCGCCCGCGUCCAGGAGCCGCCCGCCGGCUAACGGCCCCCAGGAGCACCGCUGCCCCCGGGACAGGCUGCCAUGGCUCGACCGAGGAAGAAAACUGCUGCUGAGUGUUUAGCUUGAAGCUCCGCGGGAGAAACACUGACAAGAACUACAACUAGAACUACAACACUAACUGCCCUGACUCUGAAAACACAGAGGAGGAAGAGGAGGAGGGCGGAGUGACAUUUAAUUAGAAGAUAAAGAUGAGGAUGGGAGGCAGAGAGGAGCUGAUCUGUUGUCUGCUGCUGCUGCUGUUGAGUGGAAACUCUGACUGCAGAGACUCCCGGCAGACCGAGCACCUGUCCUCCUACCAGCUGACCGUCCCUCGACCAAUAGGAGGCCGGCUGAGGAGGGACGCUGACGGAAGGCCGCCCAAUCAGGUCUCUUAUGUGAUCAGAGUGAAUGAAAACGAUCACGUCGUCCAUCUGGAGAGAAACGAGCUGCUGCUUCCUCCAGACUUCACAGUGUUCACCUACAGUCCAGACGGAUCUCUGCUGACAUCCAGACCACCUGUCCAGACCCACUGCCACUACCGAGGCUUCGUUCAGGAUGUCGACGGUUCAGCUGCUGCUCUGAGCAUCUGCAACGGCAUCAGAGGAGUGAUACAUCUCACUGAUGACAGCUAUGGUAUCGAGCCAUUAGACUCCGCCCCCGACCAGCACCUGGUGUACCGCCUACAGGAUGUGACAUCACAGCCCCGAGGGUGUGGAACGCUGCAUGACGAUCACGACCACAGCAACACUACGGAGCAUGCUCAGUACGGACCGGAGGAAAUCCACCACAGACAACACAGAAGGAUGAAGCGAGCUGUUCUCCAUCAGACUCACUAUGUGGAGCUGCUGCUGGUGGUCGACAACGACAGGUUCAACUACAUGAACAGGAACGAGACGGCAGUGAGGGACGAGAUGGUCCACCUGGCUAACUUCGUAGACAGUAUCUACAUGCAGCUGAACAUUCGGGUGGUCCUGGUCGGUCUGGAGAUCUGGACUCAGCAGAACCUGAUCAGUACCGACGGAGCAGCCGGAGAAGUGCUGAGUCGCUUCACACAGUGGAGGGAGAAGGACCUGGUGCCCCGACGCCGCCAUGACUCAGCACAACUCAUCCUGAAGAAGGCUUUUGGAGGAACAGCUGGGAUGGCGUUUGUCUCCACCGUGUGCUCCAGGAGUCAUGGAGGAGGAAUCAACGCGUUCAUCAACAACAACGUUCCUUCAUUCGCCUCCAUCGUCGCUCAUGAACUCGGACACAACCUGGGAAUGAACCACGACGACGGACGCAACUGCCAGUGCUCAGGGCUCUGCAUCAUGCACUCUGGAGCCACAGGAUCCAGGAACUUCAGCAGCUGCAGCGCUGAUGACUUUGAGAAGAUGAUCCUGUUGACCGGAGGAUCGUGUCUCCUGAAUGUCCCCCGACCAGACGAGGCCUACAGCGCCCCCUACUGUGGAAACAGGCUGGUGGACGUCGGGGAGGAGUGUGACUGUGGAUCAGAGAAGGAGUGUGAGGAGGAUCCCUGUUGUGAGUUCCAGACCUGUAAACUGAAGCCUGGAGCUCAGUGUGCUUAUGGAGAGUGCUGCUACAAGUGUCAGUACCGGCCAGGAGGAACGGUGUGUCGCUUCAGCACCGAUGAAUGUGAUCUACCUGAAUACUGCAACGGCUCCUCGUCCCUCUGCCAGAGCGACGUCUUUAUCCAGAACGGACAGCCGUGUAAGAAGCAGCAGGCCUACUGUUACAACGGGAAGUGCCAGCACUACGACGGACAGUGUCAGGCCAUAUUUGGAUCCAAGGCGAAGGCUGCUCCUGAAAUCUGUUUCAAAAACGUCAACAGUAAAGGAGAUCGCUUCGGCAAUUGUGGUUACCACAACUACGGCUACAAGAAGUGUGAGAGCAGAAACGCUUUGUGUGGGAAGCUGCAGUGCUCCAACGUUCAGACGGUAACGGUUUUCGGCAUCGAGCCGUCGAUCAUCAGCACGCCAAUCCUCGGAAGCAAAUGUUACGGAGUCGACUUCAUGCUGGGAUCAGACGUCCCCGACCCGGGGAUGGUUACCGAGGGAACCAAGUGUGGAGAGGACAAGGUUUGUAUGAACUUUGAGUGUCGCAACGUCGAUGUUCUGAACUACGACUGUGACGUGGAGAAGAAAUGUCACGGACACGGGGUGUGUAACAGCAACAGGAACUGUCACUGUGACGAUGGCUGGGCUCCGCCCUUCUGUGAGGUCAAAGGUUACGGCGGCAGUGUGGACAGCGGACCCACCUGGAACGAUAAAGACACGUCUCUGAGGGACGGGCUGCUCGUCUUCUUCUUCCUCGUCCUGCCGCUGAUCGUUCUGGGAGCCUUCGUCUUCCUGAGACGGAACGAACUGAUGAGAGCCAUGGGACUCAACCGGAGGAAGAGAUCACAGGGAUACCAGGCUGAUGGAUCGGCUGCAGCCAAUCCCGUCAGAGGUCCGCCUCCCAGAGUGCAGCCUCCAUCCGUUGCCCGGGGAAACGCCAGCAGCAUCGUCAGAGACGGGCAUCAAACUCAGCUGCUGCCACCAAAGGAGGUGGUGGAGACCAGCAGGUCGGCUCCUUCCUACUCUCUGAGGCCUCCUCCUCCUCCUCUAAAACCGAAACCUUCUGCUGCAUCACAGCCUCUGGUGCCUCAAAGACCCGCCCCCGCUCCACCUGUUUAACGACACCUGGACGACCCCUCUCCUCUCCUUUUCCACCUCAGUCCCUGCCCACUUACAGCUGGUCACCUAGCAACAGCCAGGAGAGGCUCUGUAAGCCAAAAUGGCUGCCAGCGGGCCCUGAGGUCUGCCGAGGCCGGACUACCAUCUGGACCGCCACACUAGUAAACCGGCCCAGUCGGACUGAACUGGGAAUUUACCAGAACCAACAGGAACGUAGUGGGGCUGAACUGAAGCAGCUACUGUUCUCUAUUCUUUCUUUCCUUCUUUCUGAAGUCCAUCCUGUGACACACCUUCACCUCUGAAACCAAACCAGCCAAUCAGAUUUCAUGUUGCUGCUCCCAUCAGCUGACCAAAUACCAGCAAGCAGCUUUGUUCAUCAUCACACACUGUUGUUCCAAGUGCUUUAAAAUCAAAACGUCAUGACAUAAACUGGUACGAAUCUGACACGAUAUUUUUAGCUGAUUGAGUAAAACAAUAGAAAAGAUAAAAAUAGAAAUAAAGAAAAUCUUGUAAAAGAUACAAUUUGAAACCAAAAAUAGUACAGACAAAUUGAUUAAAAUGCUCCUAGAUUUUAUACAAUAGUUGAAAAUGAUCGACUAAAACAGUGGAAAGAGACACUCCUCAUCAACUUUUUAUAUUCCAGCUGUAAAAAUCUGUUAUUCCAUUUUGUUUAGUCUGUGAGCUAACAAACACUUGUUAGCUUAUCUGUAGUUGUUAGCUGUAUCCGUACUCCUGCUAGCGUUAAAACCGUCCACUAUGUGGAUAGCUGACCAGUUAAUUAACUAAUGUUUCAUAGCUCACUGGCUGGCAGAAAGUCUUGAGCUAAUGCUAAUUUACCAUCUCAUCAUUUAUUACUCUGAAAAGAAGUUCUUACAAUUCACUAGCCAAUAUUUGCUGCAAUGUUAGUUAAUUACAACUGGCUAAUUAAGUUGUUGUUGAUAGCAGGCUAACAAGAUUAUACACAACUGCAUCCCAAAUACUGUCCUAAUAUUAGCAUUGCGACAUAUUCCCUCUAUGUUUAGCUAGUCAGUUUGUUAACUUAUUUAACCUCAUGAGCUAAUGCUAGGUAGCCUUUCCACCAGUUAAAAUGUGUUUUUGUCAGUCUUAUUGGCUUCUUUCACUUUUGAUCACUUUAAUUUUCCAAAUAGGAGGUGUUACUAAUACACAAAGCUAGUAAGCUAACUAGCUAACUAGCAUUUGCUAGCUAAUGGUGCAUGUACGUUCGCGAGGUUAUGAGCAAAUUCUUGUUAGCAAAUAUGUCCUUACAUGCUUCAGUCACACUGUAAAAUAGUCACUUUAUGUUUACCUUAUCAAUUUGUCAAGUCAUGUUUAAUAGCAUCAUUGCUAGUGCUAAUGCUAGUUAGCUUGAUCAGUAUUUGCAUUGUGUGACUUUGUAGUUACUACCCAACAUUUAUCACUUUUAUUUGCCAGCUAACAAUACUAGCAAGCUAAAGGGUCAUGAGAAAAUAUUUCUUAAUGAUAGCAGUAAAAUAUUUACUUCAUAUUUACAUAAACAAUAACUAAUAUUGACAAAUUAUGUGUUCAUGAGCCAAAGCUAGCCAGCUUUGCCACAAACUGUGUAGAUUGUCAGUCACUAUAAACAUUCAUUAAAUCAACAUUUUGUACUUCAGUCAUAAUAAAUGGUUUUAAUUCAUCCAGUGAACUAAUGCUGAGCUUUAAUGCUAACUCAAUACAGUUCUUGUGUCGUUAGCUAGCUAGCUUGCUGACAAACUUUUACUAGCAAAGAGCAAACGUGAAGAGAUUAUGAGUUGCUUCAGCAAUCUGCAAAUUUGAAACACUUUAAGCUGUUAGCCUCCAACAAAGGAGCUUUCUUUGGACAUUGAAUUUUGUGUUUCAACUGUGCAGUUUACAGACAUUAGAGAGAUUUAUCAGAUAUAUGUUGAUUUUUUUAUUUUUGCAAUAGAUCGUUGAUUUCAGACAGAAACAGUUCAUUCGUCUCAAACAGAAUCCACAUACUGUCCUAAGAAAAAGAAAAUUUCUUCUCAAUGUUCCAGAUGUUUAUCAGUUUGGGAAAAAGAGAAGCCAUCUUAAACAGGAAGUGACUAACUCUGCAACCAAUCGGCAGAUCCCUCGGCUAAAGGCAGGCUUAGCAGCAUAGCUAUGUCAUUUCGUUUGUCUAUUAAUGUUUGUGACGUUAUGAACUUUAGAACUCUGCAAUAAAAGUUUUACUAACAGGGCUAAUUACACAACAAUAAGGUUAAAUUAUGCUUUUAAGACGUAACUGUUACAACAGGUUGGCUUCCCUCUGAUUGGCUGGUUUGUAGACGGGGCGGGGUUUACACGUGGACACUUGUUUCUGUCUCUGAAUGAAGCACUGGUGCCAUCUGAUUGCACUUCCUUUCUGCUCUGCACUGUCAUAGGAAUGUAACGCACCUUCUGCUGCUGGGUGCGUUUGGUUUCACCACCUGGUUCGCCCGGCGGGUUCAGCUCCUCGUGUGGAUGUUUGUGGUACGUUGCUGUUCGAGGCUCUACAGGGAAGCACUUCAGCUUAUUUGCUCUCAAAUCUUGGAUGUUUGAUCCAUCUUCAAUCAGGAAAUAUGUUGGAGGAAUUGUGGGAAAUGUAGGCCAAGACUAGCAUAGGAUUACAGCCACACAUGCACCUCAGACAGGAUUUAAAGUUUAAAACACAGAAUCUGGCCUGAUGCAGGAGAUGGAACAUUCAGUAGGAACAAGAAGCAAAUAAGCACGAAUAAAUCUGCUAAGGAAACAGAAAAUAACACAUUUGAGAAUUUUCCUGAGAAUAUUCAGUUUUUAAAGAUCCCAUAUGGUGGCGCUCUUCAGCAAAUUUACCAAAGUCUCUGUUUCAGCUUCAAACACCUGAGAGACUAUGAGACCCCACGUUAGCCUACAGCAUGCUAACACUAAGCAUCCUCCUAUAGCUGUGGCUUAUGCUAAUGUUAGCCACAUUAGCCUACAGCAUGCAAACACUAAGGAUUCUCUUAUAGUUGUGGCUUAUGCUAAUGUUAGACACAUUAGCCUACAGCAUGCAAACACUAAGGAUUCUCUUAUAGUUGUGGCUUAUGCUAAUGUUAGACACAUUAGCCUACAGCAUGCAAACACUAAGGAUUCUCUUAUAGUUGUGGCUUAUGCUAAUGUUAGACACAUUAGCCUACAGCAUGCAAACACUAAGGAUUCUCUUAUAGUUGUGGCUUAUGCUAAUGUUAGACACAUUAGCCUACAGCAUGCAAACACUAAGGAUUCUCUUAUAGCUGUGGCUUAUGCUAAUGUUAGUUACAUUAGCCACAUAAUGUGCCAAAUCUAAGGAUUCUCCUAUAGCUGUGACUUAUGCUAAUGUUAGCCACAUUAGCCACAUAAUGUGCUAACUCUAAGGAUCCUGCUAUAGUGGAGAGACCAUCAGUAAUCUGGGUGUUAUCAGUGCAUGGAGACUCUUGUGUUCACUCUAACAGCAGAACAUUUGGUGAGUUUGUUGACAUUUACAAGUUCAUCAGAAGUAGCUGUUGGAAGUAAGCAAAGCUGGUGGACUGAGAGGCUCAUUCUGAUUGGUUCACCUGAAGGCAGUGAGGGGGUGGGGCUAUAAAAAGCUGGAUCCUUAUUGAUUAAUUAAAAAGACAUUUCCACCCCAUGGGACCUUUAAAUUUUCUCACUCCAGAAUCCAGUCUGAAAGGGACUUGAAGCUAGAAUUAAGAAAUGACACGGAUCCUUUCUCAUCUUUUGGCCUCGUUCUCAUGUUAGAACUAAAAAUUUUUCUGAAAGUGUUUUCCAGAGUGUAGAAAGACUUGACUACAUCAGUAUUUUAAACACUAAAUGUGGUAAACUUUUCUCGACAAAUCUGUUCAUUUCAGUGUCAGAAGGCGUCCUGACUGACUAAUGCUUAUGGGUCAGCUGCUACAUUAGCUUAGCUUAGCAUCAGGUCUGGAAACAUCUCCGCUGGUCGACUAUAUUCCGGAUUGAAAUUAAAUUUGUGUUUAAUCUGCUGAACUUCCCGGACUGAAGGUGUGAAAAUAACCGGUUAAACUCUCAGAUCAUCACUGGAUCAGCUGCAGUAACGUCCUGAAGCCUCUCUAUCGCCACCUGGCUGUGAGGAGGGAAAAGGAUUCAGAACUUUCGGUUUCUGUGAAGCUUUAUGCUGCAUUUCGCAACAGGUUUUAUUCAAACCAGGGAUUUUUACACCACCAAACGUUCCUGUUUCUGCUCCAAUGAAAACAUCGAGUUUAGAAUCUUUUAAUUUCCUGUUUUGAGGAUCAGAGCAGGUCACUGUCAGGGUCAUUUAGUGCCAUUUGAUCGUUUUCAUGCCAAAAGAAAAAGUAAUUUAACAUUCAGAGUUCAGCCUGAGAAAAGAGACGACAGUUCAGGAGUUAUUUAAAGAGCUGAAGGCAGCUGAAGCAUCAGGUUACAGUCAGCUGCUCCGUGUUCAGAGCAAACCUUUAAGAUUCUGAGUCCAGAGAAAACCACUGAUCUCAUGUCGGGACUCAAACCAGUGCGGAAAUUCUAAAAUCAAAUCAAGUAUAUUUUAUUCCAUUGCACUUUUUGAAAGUUAACCAAAGUCCUGCACGUAAAACAGGAAACAACAAUGAUAUGGGCGAAAAGCAAAACAGGAAGCAGAAUAAAAGGUUGUGCAAUCGAUUAAUAUAAAACUAAAUAAACAGGACACAGCUUAGAAGAUGAAUUUAUAUUUUCUAUAAAAUAAAUGCAAACUACUAAAAGACACUUUACUGUUAGAGAAUUAACUCAUGUUUAAUAGCUCACCAACUAUCUAGCGCUGAAAAUCUUGAGCUAAUGCUAAUUUAGUAUCUCAUCAUUUUUUACUCCGAAAAGAAGUUCUUAUAAUUCAGUGUUAAUUACAGGUGGCUAAUUACGGGACUUUUGGUAGCAAACAACAAUAGCAGGCUAACAAGGUUAUACACAACUGCAUCCCAAAUACUAUGCUACUGCUAGCAUUGUGACAUAAUUCCUAUGUGUUUAGCUAAUCAGUUUGUUAGCUUGUUUAACAUCAUAAGCUAACGCUAGGUAGCCUUGCCACCAAUUAAAAUGUACCUUUAUCACUCGUAUUGGCUUCUUUUAUGUUUGCUCAAUUUAGUUUUCAAAAUAGGAGAUGUUGCUAAUAAACAAAGCUAGUAAGCAGACUAGCUAACUAGCAUUUGCUAGCUAAUGGUAGCAAAUGCUAGUAUUUGUUAGCAAAUCUGUCCUUACAUGCCACAUUACCACUGUAAAAGAUUCACUUUAUAUUUACUUUAUCAGUUUGUCAAGUCUAGUAUGCAUAAGCUAAUGCUAGUUAGCCUUGUCAAUAGUCGCAUUGUGUGACUUUGUACUUACCGCCCGACAUUUAUCAUUUUUAUUUACCAGCUAGCAACAUUAGAAGGCUAAAGGGUCAUGAGUAAAUGUUAUAUUUAGAAACAUAAAUAAGGUAUAAACUAUGAAAUGGGGAAAUUCAACUUUUAUUGAAGAUACACUGCGGUUAGACGUCUCAUUUAAAAUGCAGCGACACAAGAAAACUGCAGAUGGAGACACAAACAAGGAGCCUGAAUGAGAAUAAAAAUGAGUCCAGUAAUCAAACCAUUCAUUGGGGCAUGCAAAUGUGAAAAGCCAGCAGCAGGAAGUAAAAGGAGAUGAAAUCAGAAACGUGACUUUCCCUCUGGAUAUAAAUGUUGUUUGUCUGCUGAUGUUUGGAGGUUUUCAGGUGUUAUGCAGUUUUAAAAUGCUUAUAAAUUUGUAUACUUCUGCUUCUACAGUCUACUUACCUCCUGCAAGGUUUAGUUUAUAAAUAAAACUAGAAGUCUGUGAGGAUUUUUUAAUAUUCAUUUCUUCAGCAGGAAUCACUGCAGAGCUGAACGUCUGAAGAAUCAUUGCUGGUUUGAGUCCGAACAUGAGAUUUAUUUAAAAAUCUAUGAAAUUAAAGGUUUAUUUCCUUUAAUGAGGGUUGGUGAUAGCAGGAUUUGAACCCUGAGUCAAGUCUUUCAGGUGCAGAGAACCUGAGCAGGACUGUGGUGGAAAAUAACCGAGUUUCACAUGAAUCAUGAAAAACAUCAAAUAAUUAAAAGAUAACGUAAUAUUUUACAUUAAAACAUUCAUCAGAAUAUAAUUGAAAUCAGCUAAAGCUUCCCUCAUAAAUGCAUCAGUAAUUACAGCCCAUAAUUAUGAAACACAUGAAUCUAUAACGGUCGAAUCUGCACAUGGAAGACUUCCACUUCUUGCCAAUACUUGUGUACUUUUACUUCAUUAACAGAGUAUUUCAGAGUAAAAUUUUUGGUGUCGGUGGUUUGGAUGCAGCCUGAGAGGUCAAACUCAGGGCUGAACACAAACUCAAUGUUAAACCUGUGUUCAUGUAUGAGGUGAGUGAGGCGACACCGUGGCAACGCAAAGCCUCAUCACCCUUUUCUAUUACGAUAAAUGAUUUUAUAUAGGGUAUUUCCUUUUAUUUUGCUAUUGUAAUUCAGCUUUCUGUGGUAAUCCAGCAUCUCACACGACUUCGUUAAGUGUUGCUGUGUAACGUGGGUUUUUAUGAUUUAAAGCUAAAGACGUGGAGGUUUCCGUCGUUGCAGGUUACUAUGGCAACAGUGGUGAUGCUGCGUUCAGGUGCUGCUCGCUGUAAAAGCCAAAAUGACGUUCCUCCAGCUUCAGGCGAUAAUCUGAUGAACUUUAUUCACACUGAUUGUGGCGGUGUUGGUUGGGAGACUCAAUAAAGAUGAACAGAAAUGUUG